GCUCUGAGAAAGAUCAUGCGUUGGGAGGAGGACACCCUCACGCCGGAAGAGCUAGCGGAGUGGUACUCACGUCUGUCUUGGGAGAAGGAGCUGGACAUGCAGAAAGAGAUCCGUCUCCGUCGCGAAGCGGUGUUCUGGCACGAUCCGACCCUUGACGACUUGGAUGAGCAGGACAAAAUGUGGGAGAUCAUCCAGAUGGGCUUUCAGCAGGUGGAGGAUGUUUUGGACAGCAUUGACCUUGCCCAUUACCGCGACUACUUCCUGUCCAAGGGCGUUCUUUACGGCGCCAAGAUGCGGGGCAUGACGAGGAAGUUUAUG